AUGGGUGAACUAGUCACCUCAGAGCGACCAGCAAGUAUGGACGUGGUCUUGUUGGUGCUUUCAUUUGUCGCUUUGACAAAUGGCGCUACAGAGCUUUUGAAAAAUCCAGAUUUUGAGAGUACGUCGUUUUCUGGAAACUGGGUUUGCCAAGGAUGUUCUCUGUCAAGUAGCAGUGAUAGUUAUCAUGGACACCACAGUGCUAAAAUUACUCAACGACAUCACAACUGGGCGGGGUUAGCACAGACCAUAAACGUGUCACCGGGAAACAGGUAUAUCUUCAGUGCGCAUGUCAAACUGUUGAAUAUGGCACGAGGACGCAUGUUUCAUAAGGUCCAGGUCAUAGUAAAGGAAACAAUACAUGGUCACGAUACAUAUCUUGACCUUGCCGACAGUCCUAAGGUGCGGACAGAUAGUGGUUGGGUGGAGGUUGGAUUCGACUUCCAGGUACCUAACAAUCUUCAUCAAGUUUAUAUCUAUCUACAAAUUGCCGAGCCUGAGGUGAACUAUCUAGUUGAUUCAGCGAGUUUCAAACUGCUUCCAUCUGAUUCAAACUGGAAAACUGAAGCCAACGCUAGGAUAAACAAUAUCAGGAAAGCUCCAAUCACUGUCAAUUUGCACAACUUACAUGGAGAUGGCUAUCAAGUUGAGAUCCAGCAGACGAAGAGUAAGUUUGCUUUUGGGUCUGCAGUGGCCGCAGACAAGAUUGUCGAUUCAACCCACCGCGCCUACCAGCAGUUCUUCUACGACAAUUUUGAGUGGAGUGUGCUGGGAAAUGCCCUUAAUGGCGGCAAAUGGAAUGGAGUCAAGGUCAUCCUAACCUUGACAAGCCAAUGGCCGCUGUACAUGCUCUUCGUGCAAAAGGUGUUAAGGUCAGAGGUCACAAUAUGUUUUGGGGGACUCACGGGACACAUCCCUGACUGGAUAGACGGAAUGGGACAGUCCACGCUUAUACAAGCUAUGCACACACAUAUCAAUGACGUCAUAUCUCGCACCAGAGGGAGUCUAGAACACUGGGACGUAUACAAUGAGAAUCUCCAUGGGAUGUACUUUGAAGAACAUACCGGACAUGCCAACAUCACAAUGGAAAUGUUCAACUGGAUUCACCAGGCGGAGCCGGGAGUUAAACUUUUCCUUAAUGAAUAUUCUGUGGCAUCCUCGAGACAGCUGACAACUGCUUACAAACAACAGGCUGUUGAGCUGAAGAAUGCCGGUGUCCCGCUUUACGGUAUCGGGAUUCAAUGCCAUACAAACAGUCACAUGGAUAUAACGACAUUAAAGUACCGAUUGGACAAGAUAGCUGAAGCUGGACUCCCCAUAUGGAUUACAGAGUUCACAGUGAAUGAAGCUAACGAAGGGUUGAAGGCGGACGCCCUCGAGAAUAUGAUGACCCUGUUCAUGAGUCAUCCUGCCGUGGAAGGAGUUCUGCUGUGGGGAUUCUGGGAUGGGCAAAUAUGGCUUCCUAAUUCUGCUUUAGCUACUGGAUCAAAUGUACAGCCAAACGCUGCAGGAAAACGGUAUCAACAACUCUUCCAUCAGACAUGGCGGACCCACGUGACUAAAUCUGUUACCGGAAGUACCGUGCAUGCAACAGGAUUUAUGGGGGACUAUACUCUUAAAAUCAAACAUAACGGACACACAGUGAAAACGCAACACUUUACACUGGACAAAGGAGGGAAAACUGUCACCGUAAACCUCUGAAAUAUACGAUGACAGUGCCGAUCGUAUACCGGAUUGGGUUUUCAAUGUUGAUCCUCUUCUUUAGGAAUAAACCAUCUUAUUCCUUGUUUCGUGUUUCAGUAUCAUAUAAAAUAUGAUCAUCAAAUA